UAAAAAAAAAUGCAAGGGAUUUCCUGUUGUUGCUGCCUUUAGAUUCAAUCUAGACGGGACUCGAGCUCGUGCCACGUUACGCUACGGUGCGUUAGCCUCAAAUGUGUUCCCUGUCAUUUCUCGGGAAAGUGCUGCCCUUCCAUGGAUUGACUCAAGUAUUUGAGCUGAAGUAGAAUAAUCGCUAGGAACAUAGUUGUCGGCAUCUGUAGUAGAUCUGCAGCGUCUGAAUCUCAAGAAGAGCGACAGUGUUGUUUUAGUCUGAUACAGUGUAACUGCAUUAGGCAGAGUGGAGCUUCUUUUUCUCGCUCGCAAAUAAAAUAAUGGGAGAGAAAUGAGAAGGAAAACAAAAGCGCAGCGGAUUCUUGAUUACGAAAAUGAAGAGGAUGAGGAAGAGGAACAAAAACCGGACUGCUUCAGUAAUGGUUCACAGAAACGAAGAAAAAUGUAUCCCUCCAAAGAAAAAGCAGAAGAAAAUAGCUCAUCCGACGCCGGGCUUCAGAAGUUAGACAUGAAGGUUAAUGAGCUGGAUUGUUCUUCCGCAGACCUCUACACUGACAGUGCUCCUGCUUCUGAGUCUGAGGAGGCUCAUUAUUUACAGUCCUAUUCGAAGAAGGAGCUCAUUGCCAUGGUUUUGUGCAUGCAGAGGGAAAUGGAGGACAUGAAGGAACAACUUAGGUGCCUUACAGCAUGUGGAAAACUAGCAAGAAACCUGGAAACGCUGAUCGAGAAGACCCAAGUGUGGUCAAACGGGAACCACGGGACCUCUCUCGGGACCCCAGUUUCUCGAGGCACGGCACAAUCACCUGCCAAGGCGGAUGCUGUGAUACCAGAUGUGCGGUCUCCUCCAGCUGUUGUGAAUGGACAAUGGCUGAAUCAGGGCCAAGGACCACAGAAACCUCUUGAGACCACUCAGAAUGCUCUGAAGGAUGGACUCUUCACAGAGUUUAUCACUCCUGACCUUUUGGAGAGGUGUAACACAGGCACCACUGCCCAAAAACUGACCAACGACCUUCUCCGUGGACUCUAUGAGAGAGAAUGCCUUGCAUCUCACUCCAUAUCUGGAGUCGUGUUCAACAAAAAAGGCAAACCCAAGCCUGCUCUCCCCACCGAAGAGGUCCAGGCAGUCCUGAGAACAGUUCAGUAUUUCUUUCCUCUCAAGACCGACGCAGAGAUCAAGGGCUACAUCCGACAGAAACUGCAAAACGAAGCCAAGAGUUUGAGGAAGAAACCUUCGCUCUCAGGCCAAUAUGAGUCUAGAGGUCUCAAUCUACUGAGUCCCAUGUCCGACCAGAAUUAA